AUGCUUUUCUCAAGUCGCUUCACCUUUGCCCUCGGGGCUUUACUCUCUUUUAUCGCCAACGCCAGCGCCGCUUCUGGCGAAGGCAGUUUCCCUGAUUUCAUCUCGAAUUGGGCCCUCUUCCGAAGAUGGGAGGACAUCACAGGUUCCAUCCCCGUCUUUGACGUUCCCGGCAUGGAUGACCUAAUUGUCGGCGACUGGGUCAACUCUGAGAAGAAGCUGACCUGGGAGUGCUACACGCUCACCAAGGACAGCCUCGUCGCCAAUAGCUUGACUGUCAUCAUCGACAAAGCUACUCUGACUUGGACCGAUUCUGAGAACCAGCCGCAGCAGCAGACAGUUGUUAGUAAGCGCAGUGGUAUCAAGUCUGGCGAUGGCAACGCUAUCAUGUACGGCGCUCGUCUUCAGAAGGCCCUUGACCAUCCUAACAUUCUUCCCAUUAAUCACAUUGUUUACGGCAAGGGUGGUGUGAAAGACUAUGGUUUCGCCAUCAUGCCUUAUGUUCAGGAGGGCUCUGUGGCUGAUAACCUCGGCAGCCUGACUGAUGUGAAUGGCGCUUUCAAACAGAUGCUCGCUGCCGUUGCUGCUGUCUCGGCCGCGGGCAUUAUUCACCGUGAUCUCAAGCCCGAGAACUUUCUCAAGGAUGGAGAUACCAUUAAGCUCAUGGACUUUGACCAGUCGCGAGACAUUGGAACUACUGUUCAGAUGGAUGUCGGCACCCCUUCAUACACCGCGCCAGAAAUCAUCAUUGGUAGAGACUACACCACCAAGGCUGACACUUUCUCUCUGGCCAUGAGCUUCCUUGUCAUGUCUGUUCCUGACCUGCGAAACUCUGAUGACCGAUUCCAGCUGUGGAAAGAUCUCAUUGAGCCUCCUAACACUAGCUACGAGCGCGUCACGGCUGGCAAGACUGAGGAGAUCCUCCGGGGGAGAAACUAUGGUGUUUUCAACGGCAAUGAUGGUCUGCUCAAGGUCAUUGCCAAGGCUAUGUGCAGUGAGAGCGAAGGACGCUACACUCCUGCUGAGUUUGAGACUGCUUUUAACGGAGCUACAUAA